UGCCUUGGCUGCUGACUUCCAGGCAUGAGGUGGUUCCUGCCCUGGCCGCUGGCAGCAGUGACAGUAGCAGUGGUGAGCAGUGUCCUGGCCAUGGCCCUCUCUCCAACCCCGACAACCAUGGCCUUCACCUCAGCCCUGCUGGAGGACAUAUCCUCACGUCCUGAAUUCUGCAAGUGGCCAUGUGAAUGCCCACCGUCCCCACCCCACUGCCCGUUGGGGGUUAGUCUAAUCACAGAUGGCUGUGAAUGCUGUAAGAUAUGUGCCCAACAGCUUGGGGACAACUGCACAGAGGCUGCCAUUUGUGACCCCCAUCGGGGUCUCUACUGCGACUACAGUAGGGACCGCCCGAGGUACGCAAUAGGAGUGUGUGCACAGGUGGUUGGCGUGGGCUGCGUCCUGGAUGGUGUGCGCUACACCAAUGGUGAGUCCUUCCAGCCCAGCUGUAGGUACAACUGCACGUGCAUCGAUGGCUCAGUGGGCUGCACACCACUGUGCCUCCACACUCAGCCCCCGCGUCUCUGGUGCCACCAGCCCAGGCGUGUGAGUGUGCCCGGCCAAUGCUGUGAACAGUGGGUGUGUGACGAUGACUCUAGGAGGCCUCGACAGACCGCACUGCAUGACACCAGUGCCUUUGCGGCUGCAGGUGAGGUAGAGCCCUGGCACAGAAACUGCAUAGCCUACACCAGCCCCUGGAGCCCCUGCUCUACCACCUGUGGCCUAGGGGUCUCCACUCGGAUCUCCAACAUCAAUGCCCGGUGCUGGCCUAAGCAGGAGAGCCGCCUCUGUAACCUGCGGCCAUGUGAUGUGGACAUCCACGCUCAUAUCAAGGCAGGGAAGAAGUGUCUGGCUGUGUACCAGCCAGAAGCACCCGUGAACUUCACUCUUGCAGGCUGUGUUAGCACCUACUCCUACCGACCCAAGUACUGUGGAGUCUGCACGGAUGACAGGUGCUGCAUUCCUUACAAGUCCAGGACCAUUGAUGUCUCCUUCCAGUGUCCAGAGGGGCCAGGCUUCUCCCGCCAGGUCCUAUGGAUUAAUGCUUGCUUUUGCAAUCUGAGCUGUAGGAAUCCUAAUGAUAUCUUUGCAGACUUGGAAUCGUACCCUGAAAUCUCAGAAAUUGCCAAUUAGGCUGGCAUAAAUCAUGGGGCU